GUGGCGCAGGCGCAGUGUCCCCGGGCCAAGAUGGCGGUGCGGUGUUCCACACGCUGGUUGCUGGUGGCUGUGGGGACCCCGCGGCUGCCGGCUGCAGCGGGGAGAGGAGCCGGGCAGCUCAGGGAGGGCGUCGUAGGGGCGUCGUUGGCCCGCAAGCUGAGCGUCACCGCCCUCUCGCCUUCCCUGGGUGCUCGCGGCCCCCGGGCGCUGCUGACAUUGAGACCCAGUGUCAGCCUCACAGGAACAAAAAGUUACCCUUCUGUUUGUACUGCCUCCUUCCACACCAGCGCCUCUCUGGCCAAAGAAGAUUAUUACCAGAUAUUAGGAGUGCCCCGAAAUGCCAGCCAGAAAGAGAUCAAGAAAGCCUAUUACCAGCUUGCCAAGAAAUAUCACCCUGACACAAAUAAAGAUGAUCCUAAAGCCAAGGAGAAGUUCUCUCAGCUGGCAGAAGCCUAUGAGGUGCUGAGUGACGAAGUGAAGAGGAAGCAGUACGACGCCUAUGGCUCCUCCAGCUUUGACCCUGGGGCCAGCAGCUCCGGGCAGAGCUACUGGAGGGGAGGCCCCACCGUGGACCCUGAGGAACUGUUCAGGAAGAUCUUCGGGGAGUUCUCCUCAUCUUCAUUUGGAGAUUUCCAGGGUGUGUUCGAACAGCCUCAGGAAUACAUCAUGGAACUGACUUUCAACCAAGCUGCCAAGGGCGUGAACAAGGAGUUCACCGUGAACAUCAUGGACACCUGUGAGCGCUGUGAUGGCAAGGGGAACGAGCCUGGCACCAAGGCGCAGCACUGCCACUACUGCGGGGGCUCCGGCAUGGAAACCAUCAAUACAGGCCCUUUUGUGAUGCGUUCCACGUGUCGGAGAUGUGGCGGCCGCGGCUCUAUCAUAACGUCGCCAUGCGUGGUCUGCAGAGGAGCAGGACAGGCCAAGCAGAAGAAGCGGGUGGUGAUCCCUGUGCCUGCAGGAGUGGAAGAUGGCCAGACUGUGAGGAUGCCUGUAGGAAAAAGAGAAAUUUUCAUCACAUUCAAGGUGCAGAAAAGCCCUGUGUUCCGGAGGGACGGUGCCGACAUCCACUCGGAUCUGUUUAUUUCCAUAGCUCAGGCUAUUCUUGGGGGGACAGCCAGAGCCCAGGGCCUGUAUGAGACAAUCAAUGUGACGAUCCCCCCCGGGACUCAGAGCGACCAGAAGAUCCGGAUGAGUGGGAAAGGCAUUCCCCGGAUUAACAGCUACGGCUACGGUGACCACUACAUUCACAUCAAGAUAAGAGUUCCCAAGAGGCUGACCAGCCGGCAGCAGAGCCUGAUCCUGAGCUACGCUGAGGAUGAGACCGACGUGGAAGGGACAGUCAACGGCGUCACCCACACAAGCACUGGUGGCAGCACCACGGAUAGCUCCACAGGAAGCAAGGCUAGGCGAGAGGCUGGGGAGGACGAGGGACUCCUUUCCAAACUUAAGAAAAUGUUUACCUCCUGAUAGCCCAGCCGAGGAAAACGGUCCACUGGAAACUAGGCUGGGAAGCUUGCAGCCCCUUCUCAUGGGUAGGGCACCUGGGAGACAGGAGGAUCCCGGAACAGUGGCGCUGAGCCCUGCUGCAGAGCCCUCUGGACUGCGACAGCAAAAUCACACGAUGACAACCCAUCUCUCCAUGUAAAGGUCACAGUGGACAACCCUGGGCAGUGCCACGUAGCACCUGAGGGCUGGCGGAAGGUUCCUGCCUGCAGGCGGGUGACUCUGCUUCCAGCACAGGCAGGGAAGGCGGACACUCGCUCCAGCACUAACACUCUCAUUUGGAAUUGAAUGUGAUGGAGAUCUUGUAGACUUAAAGGCCAUGCUUACAGCUUAGAAGUGAUGCCUUAAGCUGCACCGUGUUCAGAAGUGAUUAAUGUCCCUCCUAGCAAACCACCAGGAGGUUCCACAGUGACCCCUGAUAGGCCACGCCCGGAACCCGGGCCUGCAGUCCCUGCCAGUGACCCUGAUAGGCCACGCCUGGAACCCGGGCCUGCAGUCCCUGCCAGUGACCCUGAUAGGCCAUACCCGGGACCUGGGCCUGCAGUCCCUGCCAGUGUGUCCUCCCUGCGGACUCUGCCAUGGCCACAGUCCUUCCUCCUGGGGUGUGUAUUUAGUUUUAGUUCCCAGCAGCUGCAGAGUGGGUGCUUGGGAGCCUGGGGAGACACGUACAGAGGCUCCUGCACCAUACUAGGAUGGACAGCCCUUCUUCCCACCCUGCCUGUGACAGCUGCCGUCCCCACCACCGAGUUGUGCUGUCGGCACGGUGGGCUCUUGCCACGGCUGCUGUGAGGGCACGCAUUGGCUGAUACGUUCUCAAGCUCUGCUGCCUCUGCCGUCCCGGCCUGGCUCUCCCCACAUGCACUGCUGACAUCUUUCUCGGGAGUCACUGUUGUCCUGACUUGUGGAGAAAAGGAAAGCACGGUCCCCGCAGUCUAAGGUCCCCACAGGUCAGCUGAGCAGAGCUCAGGUCCCCAGUCUAAGGUCCCAGCUCUGUGGGCCGCACACCGCGGUUCCCAUAUGCUCGAGGUCCUCUAGCCGCCCUGAGGCAGCCCAAGAAAGAACACUUCUCAAUAGCUUCCUUCCUGUUUUCCUUUACAAUUUACUAAAAUAAAGCACCUGCUAGUGUCUGA